GAGCAACAGCUCAGCCAAUCGCGAGCCUCCACGACGGGAAAGAAGUGACGGCUUAUAUAUGGAGAGACCACAUUUCGUCCAGCAUUAUUCUAGACAAGUAAAGAUUGGAAGGAGAUACAGUUUGCUCUAAGCGACUCUUACCGGUAGAGGAAACGCAAAGGCCGUUAAAUCAUUGGUUGUACUUCUGUUAAGAUCUGCUUGUAGAUUUAAGUACAAACAAGCAAAGAUGAAGCUGUUGUGGGUUGUGAUGCUGGUGGUCGGCACAGUGUUUGCCGCCGACAAUGAUGAUGAUAAGAAGGACAACGUGGGGACUGUGGUUGGGAUUGAUCUGGGGACCACAUACUCAUGUGUUGGAGUGUUCAAGAAUGGACGUGUGGAGAUUAUUGCCAAUGACCAGGGAAACCGAAUUACCCCCUCCUACGUGGCCUUCACCAGUGAAGGUGAGCGUCUGAUCGGUGAUGCUGCCAAGAAUCAGCUGACCUCUAACCCUGAGAACACCAUCUUUGAUGCCAAGAGGCUCAUUGGUCGCACAUGGGGUGACUCGUCUGUGCAGCAGGACAUCAAGUACUUCCCCUUCAAGGUUACUGAGAAGAAGAGCAAGCCCCAUAUCCAGGUUGACAUUGGUGGUGGUCAGAUGAAGACCUUUGCUCCCGAGGAGGUCUCUGCUAUGGUGCUGACUAAGAUGAAGGAGACUGCUGAGGCUUACCUGGGCAAGAAGGUACAAAAAGUCAGAGAUUGGUAA